AUGACUUUAUCCCUUCAUCUCCUGUCCUCCAGCUCUUCAUCUCCUGUCCUCCAUCUCUUCAUCUCCUGUCCUCCAUCUCUUCAUCUCCUGUCCUCCAUCUCUUCAUCUCCUGUCCUCCAUCUCUUCAUCUCCUGUCCUCCAGCUCUUCGUCUCCUGUCCUCCAUCUCUUCAUCUCCUGUCCUCCAGCUCUUCGUCUCCUGUCCUCCAUCUCUUCAUCGCCUGUCCUCCAUCUCUUCAUCUCCUGUCCUCCAGCUCUUCAUCUCCUGUCCUCCAUCUCUUCAUCUCCUGUCCUCCAGCUCUUCAUCUCGACCUCCAUCUCUUCAUCUCCUGUCCUCCAUCUCUUCAUCUCCUGUCCUCCAUCUCUUCAUCUCCUGUCCUCCAUCUCUUCAUCGCCUGUCCUCCAUCUCUUCAUCUCCUGUCCUCCAGCUCUUCAUCUCCUGUCCUCCAUCUCUUCAUCUCCUGUCCUCCAGCUCUUCGUCUCCUGUCCUCCAUCUCUUCAUCUCCUGUCCUCCAGCUCUUCAUCUCCUGUCCUCCAUCUCUUCAUCUCCUGUCCUCCAUCUCUUCAUCUCGACCUCCAUCUCUUCAUCUCCUGUCCUCCAGCUCUUCAUCUCCUGUCCUCCAUCUCUUCAUCUCCUGUCCUCCAGCUCUUCAUCUCGACCUCCAUCUCUUCAUCUCCUGUCCUCCAGCUCUUCAUCUCCUGUCCUCCAGCUCUUCAUCUCCUGUCCUCCAUCUCUUCAUCUCCUGUCCUCCAGCUCUUCAUCUCGACCUCCAUCUCUUCAUCUCCUGUCCUCCAUCUCUUCGUCUCCUGUCCUCCAUCUCUUCAUCUCGACCUCCAUCUCUUCAUCUCCUGUCCUCCAGCUCUCUCUUCUUUCAAUCUGA